AUGCCGCCCACACCAUUCGCCCCAUCUCAUCAGACGCCCUUCAAAUCCAGCGUGUCCACCGCCAUGUCAGGUGCGCGAGCCAGCGCGCGUCUUCGGUCCGACUGCGAAUCGCAAGUGUGGCCACCUGCACCUGGAAGCAUACAUGCGCAAGAUUUGGAUGCGAGGGAAUGGAGUUAUCUGGCCGAAGGGGGUAAGAAUCUGUUGCUCAGGUAUUGCGGAGAGAGCAAGAGGGGAGAAGGAUGGCCCUUUGUGCGGACAGGUGGCAGAGAAGCAUUGGCGCUGCGUGUUGUGA